GUCUAACUCCGACAGCGGCUCAGUUUGCCUAUGUCAGUGCAGCGACCUAACACACCAGCCAUGGCCUUCCUUAAAGCAUUCUGGAAAGGAUACACCAAGCACAAGAAACUAAGUGAUGAGUGGGAUCUUGCGCCUAAGAAACAGGAAGGCGAAGCAGAAACCCCAGGAUCGACGCUAGAAGGGAUUACCUUCAAUGUGAAAUAUCUUGGAUCCACCACAGUAUCGACGCCGAGCAGCGCAAAAGCGACAGCCGAUGCAGUCAAAACCAUAGUGAACAAAAACGCCAAAGCUUUCGGUAAGAAACCUACGGAAGUACAGUUCGCUGUCAACCUCAGGGGGAUCAAUGUGAUGGAAUUAGAAACUAAAACACACCUAAUGGAUAUAUCGCUUUACAGGAUAUCAUACUGUUCAGCUGAUGCGACACACGGUCAUGUGUUUGCCUUCAUAGCCAUCAACGACAAUGAUACCCUCGAGUGUCACGCCUUCCUCUGCCCUAAACGAAAAGUGGCCCAGCUGAUUUCAAUAACAGUAGCCCAAACUUUCAACACCGCCUUCCACCUUUGGCAGAUGACACACACAGGCUCCAUCCCGUCCAGACCCAGUACCGACGCCUUCUUUGGAUGCGGGAAGGGUUCAGAUUCAGAUGAAAAGAGGCCACCACCUAGCAUUCUCCAGCAGCUCAUCGCACCGGUACCCGUCCUCAUCGACCUCACCACUCCCAUAGAGGAGAAGUCUCAUAUGCAAUGGACGAGUUUCGAUGAAUAAAGAUAGAGAAGAGAAAAGGAAAAUGUAUUCUUUUACUAAUAGGAUUCUAUAGAUGUGUCUGUGAUUUAGUUUUUAAUAAUCAUGUUUAUAUAAUAGCUUUAUUUAUAUAUUUAAUAAUUAUUAUACCAAUUAAUACAUUUGUAAAUGUUUAUGUGUAAAUAAUUUAAUUAAAUUUAUGGAAUGAAGCUCUAAGGAAUAUUCGUUAAGCAAUUACUAAAUCAAACUUUGAUGUUAAAGUUAUUAUAAGAAUCAUUUUAAUGAUAAUUUAUUGUUUUUAGUAUUUUAUAAAGGAUAAAAAGUAUGUUUUCAGCAUUUGUAAAUGAGAUCAUUUUUAGAUUUAUCAAUUUAAUAUGUAAUUGAUAUUUUUAUGUUUUUGUUCAUUAUUAUAUUUUUUUUUGUAACUUUUUUGUAUAUGAGAGCUUUGAUACCAUUACGUUUGAUAUUAUAUUUAAGUUGUUGAAAUAAGCUUAAAACAUAUCGAGUUAAGUGAUAUGUAUAUUCAUUAAGCAAAAUAUAUUUUAAUAAUAUUUAUGG